CUGUGCAAUUCUUAUUCUAUUUCUGUUCUCCAUAAAUUUAUCAUUCAUUCAUAUAUUUUCCGUGAUUCUGCCCCCACCAAGCACUCCUCUCGUUUUGUUUUGAUUUCAAUUCAACCUUGUUGGACAAACAAUAGUUCUUCUUCUUCUUUACUGGGGUUAAAUGGAAAACUACCAAAUGUUCUUCCCUUGUUCCUCUACGGGGCAGUCAGGUUAUCCCACAAAGACGUCGCAUAGAGCAAAUUCUGACCAUGUUUUCAGUCUUGGAGAUAGCUCGUCAAGUGGGUUUUUGGGGCUGAAGCCAGAAGGGCUUGUCCCAAAAAGUAGUACAAAUCAUGUUAAAGACCUUUCUCAGAUUGAUGGAGGGUCUCUAGCGUCUGAAAAUGCGGCAAAAUCGAGUAAAAAGAAAGGGGAAAAGAAGGUUAGAAAACCCAGAUUUGCUUUUCAAACGAGGAGCCAUGUUGAUAUCCUCGAUGAUGGAUAUCGGUGGAGGAAAUAUGGUCAAAAAGCUGUCAAGAACAACAAAUUUCCCAGAAGCUACUACCGUUGUACACAUCAAGGAUGCAAUGUAAAGAAGCAAGUACAACGCCUAACCAAAGAUGAAGGUGUUGUAUUGACAACUUACGAAGGGAUGCACAAUCAUACAAUUGAUAAGCCGACUGAUAAUUUUGAGCAUAUCUUGAGUCAGUUGCAGAUUUAUACUCCCUUUUGAAGCCUUGAUAAAUGUGAAAUUAUAUAUAUACACAUAUACACAUAUGAAUGUAUGCAUGCAUCCUUCUAUUGGUGAAUAGUACACCUUUAGAAUUUGCUCCUCAGACGUGGACUUUAAUGUAUUUGCAUUUUGUAAAAUAUAUGUUGGCAGAAGAUUUACUUAAAUUAAGGUCAUAUCAAUUAACAGUUCAUAUAUAUUUGUGUUUAGAUAAUGCAAAUUUAGCAUGAGGCCGGUGCUCUUG